GACCGCUCACCUCACAGACAGAAACCGAAAGGAAGAAGGCAAAGACGACGACAAGAGCAACGACGAACAAGCAAGAGCAACCGACAUCAAGUCUGCAAGUGUGUCGACUGAAGCAUUGUGUGUGCAGGGAAGCAGUCGUGAAGGUAGCCGAGCUGAGCUGAGAUCCCAUCCGUCACAUUAGCGAGACACACCAGCCCAAAACCAGUCAUGGUGCUCGAGGCAACUGUGCUGUGCUUGGACAGCAGUGACUUCAUGCGCAACGGCGACUUUGUGCCGACCCGCCUGCAGGCGCAACGCGAUGCCGCAAACCUUGUUGUAGGCACCAAACUCCGCGACAACCCAGAGAGCACCGUUGGCCUCCUCUCCAUGGGCCAAAAGAUUGACGUGCUGUCUACGCUGACUCGUGACAAGGGCAAGGUGCUUGCGUGCCUGCACGAGAUCAAGGCCGCCGGCGCCUGCGACUUUGUCAGCGCCAUCCAAGUUGCACAGCUCAUCUUGAAGCACCGCCAAUCCAAGAACCACCGUCAGCGCAUCAUCGUGUUUGUCGGCAGCCCCGUCAACGCCAACGAAAAGCAGCUGACCACGCUCGCGAAGAAGCUGAAGAAGAGCAACGUCAGCGUCGACAUUAUCAGCUUUGGCGAAGAGGACGUGAACCAGGCCAAGCUGGAGUCGUUCAUCUCCACCGUCAACAAGGAGGACAACAGCCACCUGGUUGUUGUUCCCUCGGGCUCGGGCCGCCUCUCAGACUCAAUCAUGUCUUCGCCAAUGUUUGCCACAGAAGCCGCCCCGUCCGGCGUGCCUGCAGGCAUGGGCGGGGACCUUGACCUUGAGAAUGACCCUGAGCUUGCCAUGGCGCUGAGGAUAUCGCUUGAGGAAGAGCGGCAGCGGCAGCAGCGCGCACAGACGGAGGGCGGUGAGGCGCCAACCGGCCAGGAGCAGGAGCAGGAGCAGCAGGGUGAGGGGGCAGCGACCACCGCUGCCACCGGUGACGCACAGGCUGCGCCCCAGCAACAGCAGCAGCAGCAGCAGGCCGCCACGUCCCAGCCAGAGACACAGACCCCAGCAGCCACAGGAGGCAUGCCCAACUUUGAUGCGAUGACGGAGGAGGAGAUGCUCCAAUACGCCAUGCAGAUGUCGCUCCAAGAUCAGCAGCCGUCGGGCAGCGAGGCGAUGGACACGGGCAAGGACGAGAGCGAGCCUGCCGCUAAGGCGAGCAAGCUGGAAGGUGAUGAGUCGGCGAAGAAGGCGGAAGAGGAGGCAGCAAAGCCGCAGGAGCCGCCAAAGGACGAGGCAGCAGAGAGCGCAAUGGACAUCUUCCAGGACCCGGCAUACCUGACGGGCCUCCUUGGCGAGCUGCCGGGCGUUGAUCCAUCCGACGCACAAGUGCAGGAGAUGCUGGCCUCACUUGCCGGUAGUGCCCAGAAGGAUGACAAGAAGAAGGAGGGGGAUGAUGACAAGAAGAAGGAAGGGGAUGGAGACAAGUAACGCGUGAGCCCGCUUCGUGUGCUACCGCGCCUUCCGUUGUCUACUGCGUGCGCGCGCGCGUGUACUGUCUGCAUGUCUCUCUGUCUGUAUGUGACCGUUUUGUUGUUACAAUGGCUUCCUCUCUGCAUGGCGUUUCUUCAACCACCUUCUCCCUUGCUCCCUUCUUCCUCCCUGUCUCGCUGCCGUCGCUGCGGCUUGACUCCACUCCACUUCACAUGAAUACAACUUGCUCUGAGGUCAACCAAGGCGAACACACACGCGCGCACAUCUGGCGAUCAGUUGUCCAC